AUGGACGCAGGCAAGCCUGGCGACGGUGGUAGUCCUUGGCGCAUCAAGGUCACAGUCGAGGCUGAACCGCAGGACGGAGGAAGCCCGGCGAAGCGGAGGACGAGGACAACGAGAGUGCCUUUGAAGGGCGGCAUGAGUAGCAGUCCGGUGAAGCGGAGCAGUGGGAAGUCAAAAGCGAUCGCAGACGAUGAGAGCGAGUUAGAGGUCAAGCGGCCACAGAGGAAGAGGAAGGGCACGCCUAUUCGCAGGACGGUGCGGGCAUCGCAGGAGACGGACAGUGAUGGAUGGAUUGCUGGAGGAAGACAUGGCACACCAGCCGGACAGAUUCAGAUGUCUCAGAAGUUGCAGGAGGAGAUGUCGUCGCCUAACAAGCGUCGCUCGCCAGGUACCGACCAUGAGCACAGAGCUUCUUCUGCAACACGAAGCAUUCAGAAAUCGCGGCAACCGAACGGCGGGCCAGUCAUUUCGAAGCAGCUCACCCUCAGCGAGGAGUCUGAAGACGAAGAUGAGCAGUCCGUGGACCCUCGCAAUCUACAGAGCGACAUGACAGUAGCCAACGAAGACUUCACCAUGAUCUCCGUGGACGAGCUUGAAAGCUUGAAGCAGAACACAUCGCUCAUCGACAACUCUGGAAUCGAAAAGAGUGUUGCGAGCGUCAGCUACAUGCCUUCAUCGCCACCCGUUGCUCAUGUUAACCGGUCUUCUCGCCAGCAGCUUCCGGUGGAGUAUCCAAACAUUGCUCACCAGGCCGAAGAAGCCAAAAUCCAAUCUAGUGCGAUGAAGCAGGCGCAGUACAAUUCGGACUUCCAGAGAAGCUCGAACUUCGCUGCAAGGCAGUCCCAUCCUACGCCAGUUUCGAACGAUCCCAUCGGUAGUGAGUCGUUCGAGCGGACGCAACCUCAAGCUUCGGGGGUUGAGGAGGCAGCUGCGAGUCGAAGCACCGUGGUCAACGAAGAUGCGGAUCUCGGAGCAGAUGACGAUCGCGAGGACGGGGACAUACACGGGGAGGACGAUGGUGGUACUGGCGGUGAACUGGACAUCUGGGCCGAAGAGGCGUCCCGGUCACUCGACGAAGACCAAGAACAGAGUCACCGAAUGCCGGCCAUGCGACCUGAAUCGCGUCCGCCACAACUCGAAGACCUAUUCUCUGAUCAGCCAUUAAAACCUCCAAGGCCUGAGAUCCCUCGUACAUGGCGGAGGACGUCUGGCGCGGACUUUUCAUAUGUCGACUCCCCAGCUCACGACCUUGUGGCGGACCGCAAGGUCUCCGCUGCGUCCACGGACGGCGAAGCUGCUGGGAGCAGGAGUAGUGCUGGUGUACUCACGCCACCUGAGAGCAGCGACGACGGUUCCGAACAAAUCUCUGGGGACCAGGAUGGAGAUAUGGAGGAAUACGACAUCUCUUUGACCCAGCCGGAUGCUGCAGACACGCAGCUUCACAACGACGUCCUGGAGACAGACAGUAGACCGACCUUGCCAACACGCGGUGAAGCGACUAGUGGUCUCUCAGACUCCGAGUCUGGCGUUACGAGUCCUGAUGGGGAAGAUACAGGCGUGUUCUGGCAACGAAAUCUUCCCAACAUCUACCAAAGGCCCAGGAGGCCGAGAGUGGGACAGAAGCAGAAGGCUAUGGACUUGAGCGAUCUGCUAAACCUCGAGGGGUCACACAAAAACACCUCACUAGCCCAGACCAAAGAUGCCGCUGGACCGAACGAUCGCAUCUCUACGCAGGCUCCAAGGGCACCGUCACGACCAGCUCUUGCUGGGCAAAAAGAGAAGCUCAUCAGCAGUCCGCUUAGAAAGAGCCUGUUCAAGAGCAGUAGGCUUGGUGAAAGUGCUUCGACAAGCUCGGAUGUACAGCCUGUUCGGAGAGCAAUUGUCGGUAGGACGUACGUAUCACGGCGGAGUCGAAUGACUACCAGAGGGCAAGAGGGCGCCGAUGAACCGUCAAAGACAGAAGACUCGCUCGAUAGCUUCAGCAGCAAGGACAGUGACCAACGCCAGAUCUUGAGCGAGAUGAGUCAGGCGACGCAUCAGAAGAGCACCAGCAACCUACGCAAUGAGUGGCAGGGCGCUGCUUCUCACAGCCCGCAUUCCAGUGAAAGCAGUCAGUCUCAUGUCUCCGAGAUUGCAGAUGAUGCCUACGAAGGCUCAUCGGUGCAUCCCGAGACUGAGACUGAGGAGAUUGAGCAAGAAGACGACGAGGAGGAGGAGUUGGAGGAGGAGGAGUUGGAGGAGGAGGAGGAAGGAGAGCAGCCGAGCCGCAGCUAUGAGGAGCACCUCAAUCUUGAGUCACCUCAGAAGAUUAGCGUCAAGUUCAACGACUCUGCUGGCACUUCUGACUUGCUGGCACCAAAGAAGGCGUAUCCACCACUAUUCGCCAACCAUGCCGUUUCAUCUCAAGCGGCGCAGGCGAAGUCUCCUCCUUCGGUAACACUCGUUGGCAAGAAGCGUACCACAACAGAAGACCAGGCGCAAGGCGGCAUCUUCUCACGUCUCAGCACUAACUUCUGGUCCGCUGUCGUCAGACCGUCGGGACCCACACUCGUCGAGCAGCCUCCCGAACCAGAGUACCCUCGCUCUCUGCGCGCUCACAUCCGAAGUCGGUACGGCGUCCUCAGCGAUCAGCAUCCCUGGACUAUGGCGCACAUGCGGACACUGCACCGCUUAUUGAACUCCUGCACGAGCGGCAAAUCCGAUUCAAUCGUGCCCAAGACGGGGCCGUUGCCGUACGCGCUGGAGAAUCUCAUCGGCAAGGAGCUUCAAUGCGUGACCCAAUUUCGAUGGAAGUUCACCGAGCAGCACGCCCACGUCGUCGACGCCUUCAUGCAGGUCCUUGUGCCAGCCCACUACAUCGAAUCCAUGAAAAGUGGCGAGGUGGACUUUAUUGGCGACUCGGAAGCGAAGAAGUAUCGAGGCUUGAUCAGUGGUCGACAUGGAGAUGAUCUGGUGUUCAGCGACUGGUUAGGGCUUAGGUCACCUCGGGGCAAGAUCGAGAGGGACUUUGUGGUGAAGGCGCUGGGGAACUGUGUAAGCGCCAACAUUUUGACUGCGGAGAAGGAGGCUGCGGAGGUGGAGAGGAGGAGGAAGAUGGCGGCUGAGAGGGUGGUUUGGGAGAGGAGGCGCAGGUCUGGGUGGGAGGAGAGCUGGGAGGAGAGUGAGGGCUAA